AUGCUCCAACUCCGCAAGCAAGUUGUGCGCAGCGCACUGCAAACGCGUGCAAUUGAAUGGGCUUCUAUCUCACAAAAACUGACAGAUCCGCGUGCCCGCGCCGCCCUUGACAGCCUUCGUGACGUGCACGGCCAGAUUGCGGGUGAAGCUCGUACCUAUUUAAAGGAGCCCGAACCGAUUGAUUUUGAUUACUAUCGUUCGGUCAUUAAAAACAAGGAUCUGGUGGAUGCAAUGGAAACAAAUUACAAAAAUAUUUCUUACCCGACUAUCACUCCUGAGGAGCUGGACGUCUUCGCAAAGUCGAGCGAUCUACCGGAAGAGCUGCGCGUCAACGAGCAGGAAACCAUCGAUAAGCUUUUUUCUCAACUAAAUGAAAAAGUGUCGGACUCGAAGGCCCGAAUCGAGGAACUCAAGGAGCUAAUUGGAUUAAUGGAGGAAACCCGUACGACUUUGGCUACUACCAUGGAUGAAAUCACUGCGAUGUAUCCGGAGGUUGAAGAGGAGGUCGAUGAUGAAAUCGCGAACCUUGAGUGGGAGAAAGACACACAGUAA